UGCAUUGUUUUGAGAGGGAGUACUAGGAAGAGGGUUUAAUUUUUCUAUAAAAAUAAACCCUCACAAAUAUAGAGAGAUGGGUGGGGUGAUGCUUAUGUUGUUGCUGAGUCUCUCAGCAGGGUCUAUGUUGAUGGUCCACGGUGAAGAUCCUUAUAUUUUCUUCACUUGGAAUGUCACCUAUGGCACCAUCUCUCCUUUGGGAGUUCCUCAACAAGUUAUUAUGAUCAAUAACCAGUUCCCUGGCCCUAAUAUUAACUCUACCAGCAACAACAAUGUUGUUGUCAAUGUCUUCAACAACCUCGACGAGCCAUUCCUCUUGACCUGGAUUGGUGUCCAACAGAGGAAGAACUCAUGGCAAGAUGGUAUGCCUGGAACAAACUGCCCAAUUCCUCCUGGCACCAACUACACAUACCACUUCCAGGUGAAGGACCAGAUUGGUAGCUACUUCUACUACCCAAGCACAGCAAUGCACAGAGUAGCUGGUGGCUUUGGUGGCCUCCGUAUCAACAGCCGGCUGCUCAUCCCGGUCCCUUAUGCCGAUCCUGAGGAUGAUUACACUGUCCUAAUUGGUGAUUGGUACACUAAGAGCCACACCUCUCUCAGGAAAGUCUUGGACAGUGGGAGAUCAAUUGGUAGGCCCCAAGGUGUUCUCAUCAAUGGAAAAUCCGCCAAGGGAGACGGUAAGGACGAGCCUCUCUUCACAAUGAAGCCUGGCAAGACUUACAAGUACAGAAUCUGCAAUGUUGGGAUCAAAACAUCAUUGAACUUCAGAAUCCAAAACCACUUCAUGAAGCUUGUGGAGAUGGAAGGUUCACACGUUGUGCAGAACACAUACGAGUCCCUCGACGUCCAUGCUGGACAAUGCUUUUCAGUGCUGGUGACUGCUGAUCAGGAACCAAGAGACUAUUACAUGGUUGCUUCCACCAGGUUCACCAAGACUGUUUUGACUUCAAAGGGGAUUAUCCGUUACGAGGGGAGUAAUAAGCCUGCCUCACAAGAGCUCCCUGAGGCCCCUGUUGGAUGGGCUUGGUCUCUUAACCAAUUCCGCUCGUUCCGCUGGAACUUGACAGCCAGUGCUGCCAGGCCUAAUCCCCAAGGUUCAUACCACUACGGUGACAUCAACAUUACUCGCACAAUCAAGCUUGUGAACACAGUUGACAGGAGUAAUGGCAAGCUUCGCUAUGCACUCAACGGAGUUUCCCACACUGACAUGGCAACCCCACUGAAGCUUGCAGAGUACUAUGGAAUCUCUGAUAAGGUCUUCAAGUACGAUAGCAUCGUAGAUAAUCCUCCACCAAAGAUCGAACAGGUGGUUGUACAACCCAAUGUCAACAACAUCACCUUCCGUACCUUUGUGGAGAUUGUCUUUGAGAACCAUGAGAAGAGCAUCCAGUCUUAUCACUUGGAUGGUCAUUCCUUCUUCGCAGUGGGUAUCGAGUUUGGCCGUUGGAGCCCCGAGAAGAGGAAGAACUACAACCUCCUCGACGCAGUGAGCAGGCACACAAUCCAGGUCUUCCCCAAUUCAUGGGCAGCAAUUCUGUUGACAUUCGACAACGCUGGAAUGUGGAGCUUGAGGUCUGAGAUAUACGAGAGAACCUACCUCGGACAACAACUAUACAUCAGUGUUUUGUCUCCUGAAAGAUCACUUAGGGACGAGUACAAUGUUCCAGACAAUGCAUUGCUUUGUGGUCUUGUCAAGGACUUGCCCAAGCCACAACCUUACACCAUAUAAACAUUUGUGCAUAUCCCCACCCAUUCACCAUGGCCGAUUCUCAUUGUCGAACAUUAAAAAGGACGUCCAAUGGUGAUCUAUAUGGGAGAGAGCGGCUGAUAUA